UCCUCUUCUUCGCUGUGCAAUCGGAGAAACUCUUUUCUGACGCUAAACCUAACCUUCAAGGUAACCUCAAAUGUCUGGAAGGAACCGUGGUCCCCGAGAACCAAUCAAUGAUCGGCGGGGCUACCCACCUGAACGGCUCUUCAUUCCAGGGCCUCCGUUGCCUCGCCCUCCUAUGCCGCCUCAUCCAGCUCUAUUGGAAGAGGAACUUGAAAUGCAGCACACAGAAAUCCGGAGGUUAGUGUUAGAGAACCGAAGGCUGAUUGAGGACCGAAUGGUAUUUCAGCGGGACCUUGCAGCUACAAAAGAGGAACUUCAUAGGAUGAACCUUGCCAUUGCCGAAAUUCAUGCAGAACGAGAUCUGCAUGCAAGGGAAUUUAAUGAGAAAAGACAGAAGUUGGAAUCUGAUAUUCGGGCAACCAAGCCCUUGAAGAAUGAGGCUGUACAAUUGCGAGCUGAAGUGCAGCAACUUAAGAAUGUUAACAAGGAUCUUGAAGCGAAGGUUCAGACACUUACCCAAGAUCUUCUGAGGUUACAAGCUGAUAAUCAACAAAUUCCUAUGUUGAAGGCUGACAUCGAUGGAAUACAUCAAGAGCUUAUGCGUGCUAGAUCCAUGGUUGAUUAUGAAAAGAGAAACAUAGAGAUGAUGGAACAAAGACAGGCAAUGGAGAAAAAUUUGGUCUCCAUGGCUCGGGAAGUUGAGAAAUUACGUGCUGAGUUAGCUAGUUCCAAUGGCAGACAUGGGGUGCUGGAAGAAUUAUCUUUUGUUCCUUUGCUCUUGCAGUGA